AUGGCGCCACCGGUAUCCACAGCACUCGGCAGUUGCCGCCUGCAUCUGUUCCUACCUCGAACCAGUCUGCCUAGCGGGGCGGCAUUGCUAUUCUUGCUAUCCAACGACGACAUCCCUCAUACGGCAGAUCGGUCCCAGUAUAUCGACCACCUAUACAACGAUACAACGAUACAACGAUACAACGAUACAACGAAGGAGCUGUCAUCCAGCAUGAACACUGUUCCCUGA